AUGCGGCGGCAGUCGUUCCAGCGCGAGCGCAGUUUCUCCAACCUCAAGUCGCGCAGCUCGUGGGGCAGCUUCACCAACCUCGUGGCCCGCGGCGAGGACCAGCCGCUGCUGGGCGCCGACGACGAGUUCCCCGAGCCCGGCUACACGUUCCCGCUGCUGCUGAGCUGCGGCGUGGCGCUCAUGAGCGCCUUCCAGUUCGGCUACAACACGGGCGUGACCGGCGGCAUCAACCCGGACGUGAUCUUCCCGGGCCACUCGGACAUGCAGUGGGCCAUCUGCGUGUCCAUCUUCGCGGUGGGAGGGCCCAUCGGCUCGCUCACGGCGGGCCAGGUGAGCACCGUGCUGGGCCGCAAGAAGGCGCUGCUCGUCGACUCGUUCCUCUUCAUCAUCGCGGGCGCCAUCAUGGCGCUGUCCGUCAACAUCUACGCGCUGAUCCUGGGCCGCUUCCUGGUGGGCUUCGCCUCGGGCACGGUCAGCGUCGUGGUGCCGCUGUACCUCGGCGAGCUGGCGCCGCCCAACCUGCGCGGCGCGCUGGGCACGGGCUACCAGUUGUUCAUGGUCAUCGGCAUCCUGGCCGCGGACCUACUGGCCUUCAAGUACUCUGGAGAGAGCAACGGACUGGCGCAACCGGGCUGGCGCUUGCUCUUCGGCUUCACGGCGGUGCCCGGUAUCCUGCAGCUGGCGCUGGCCUCGCUGCUGACGGAGAGUCCGCGGUGGCUGCUGACCAAGAACAGGCCGAAGGAGGCGGCGGACAUUCUGCGCCGCCUGCGUGGGUCUAACGACGUGUAUGAGGAAAUCGACAGCAUCUGCUCGGCCAGCGACAACGAAUCCGGCGCCAACACGGGCAUCUGGGCCGUGCUCAGCGACCGCAGCAUCCGCUUCCCGCUCGUGGCCGCCGUCGUGCUGCAGCUCGCGCAGCAGUUCAGUGGCAUCAACGCCGUCAUGUUCUACGCCAGCUCGUUCUUCAAGAACGUGGGCCUGAAGGACCCGCUCGUGGGCGCGACGCUGGUGUACACGGUGAACGUCAUCUCGACGGGCGUGGCGCUCGUGCUCAUGGACACGGCCGGCCGCAGGCCGCUGCUGAUCUACUCGGCCGUGGGCAUGAUUUUCUCCAGUAUUGUACUCACGCUGGGCCUGAUGAACGCGCUGCCGUUCGCCAGCAUGGCCAGUGUGGGUGGUGUCAUGUGCUUCGUGUGGUUCUUCGAGAUCGGCCUCGGCCCGAUCCCGUGGCUGAUCGUGGCCGAGAUGUUCCCGGCCAAGCCGCGUCCGACCGCCAUGAGCAUUGCCACGAUGGUCAACUGGUCGUGCAGUUUCCUGGUCGGCCUCAUGUUCCCGACCAUGCAGCGCGAGCUGGGGGAGUACACGUUCGUGCCGUUCUGUAUCGCGCUGUGCUUGGCGCUCGCCUUCACCCUCAAGUACGUGCCCGAGACAAAGGGCAAGACCAUCCAGGAGAUCCAGGACGAGCUGCGUGACAUGAAGCACCAGCAGUCGAUGGAUGUCUAA